AUGCCUACUUAUGACUCUAUCUCAAAUGAGCUUAUUGCAGACUUUCCACUCGCCAGUUUACAGCGGAUCAUUGAUCGCACUGGUUUCGGCCUUCAUGAGCCUUGCGAUAUUCGAUUAGCCGAUGCUCCGGUAUCGGGCGAUGCGAUGGCCACCAUAUCAGAAUCUUUCCAAAACAACACCAACCUCGCAUCGGAUACGACUAUUUGCGCAGUUGCUAGCGUUGAAAAUCUAGAGGCUUCUGUCUCGACAUCUGCUAUACUAGGCUUUGAACGUUCUAUUGACGCCGUUACUAGCGCAUGGGAUAAUGCGCCUGUCUGCGAAGUAAUAACUCCAGUAGACGUAAAUAGUAGAAAAAGCAGUCCUGAGGUCUCAACAGCCACCGAAGAAGAUAUUGAAAAGGUUACUCAAUUUCGAGGGGUAAGGCUAGAAGAGUGUCUGGAAAAAAAUUCUGUUAAAUCUACAGAGGAGCUGAGCCUUUUGGAAUUGCAGCAAGAACAACGCGUACAAGACUUUUUUAUAGUUCUGGCCCUCUGCAAUACCACAGUGAUAUCGGUCAACAAGAAUAAUCCUACUCCAAUUUGCCCUUCGCUUUCUUAG